AUGGGGAGCUGCCAGAUUGCGCGGUGGCUUUUCGCUGGCUUUGCGUCUCGCGGCCGAGAAACCGGCUGCUGGCUAGGGGGAGCUCUGGCUUUUCGCCUGGCCGGUAGCCAACCCCUGGAUUGGUCCAAGGGCAAGGUCAAGGACAAGGCCCAGCACGCCGUCAUCCUCGACAAGCAGACUUCUGAGAAGCUCUACAAGGAUGUCCAGUCCUUCCGCCUCGUCACCGUCGCCACUCUCGUCGACCGCAUGAAGAUCAACGGUUCGCUCGCGAGGAGGUGCAUCAAGGACCUCGAGGAGAAGGGCCUCAUCCGCCCGGUGGUGCAGCACAGCAAGAUGCAGAUCUACACCCGUGCUGUUGGCGGUACCGAUUAAACGAUUCCCCUUACUGCGAGGGACAUGACUUUGUUUUUGCGUCUUUAGGGAGGGCUUGCCCGGGUUUCCCAGGGGUAGAUAUCACGGCCCGGACUAAGGCCGGUAUCCUCGGUGUAGCAGAGAUUCGGAAUCGGUUGACCCAA